AUGCCAAAAUAUAUUUCUACACAAGAUGAAAUUGAACAAACAAAUGGAUCUACUUUUAGUUUAGUUGUAAAGUCUUUAAAUACAUUUUCAACCAAUUAUCGAAGAUUUAAUUUAACGUAUAACGAUGAUGAACAAGCAUUUUGUGAUUAUUUACUUAGAGAAUCAUUACCAAAUGUGAUAAUAAAAAUAAUCGGUACAAAUAAUGAACAAACUAAAUAUUCCCCGAGAGCAUCAAUUCAAAAUGCAUUUCAACAGUCUAUGUGCACAAUAAUGGAGCAGACUAAUAUUUGGCUUUUGAAUGGUACUAGAGAAAUGAUUGGUUUGGUAGAUUAUGACAAAAACCCAACUAAAGAUAAUGAAUUACAACCAAAUAUUAUUAUAUGUGAACCAUUUGAAAAAUCACAACUUUUAAUAUAUCAUACUACAACAGAUCGAUUCAUAGAUAAAAUUAUUUGUCAAAUGCAACAACAAGAAGCAUUUUCUCGAAUUCCUAUUGUUGCUUUACUUAUGCAAGGCGAUACUUCAUCUGUAACAGAUAUCAUAGAUUAUAAUAAUAAACACAUUCCAACUAUCAUUUUAAAAGGUACAGGAUUUAUUGCUAAUCAAUUAGCUGCUAUAUGUGAAUCAAUCGAAAGUGAACAUAAAACUAUACGUACAAGAUCAUCUAACGAAAAAUUAUUAUCAGAAAUAGAUGUUCACAAAUUUUCUCAUCAUAUAAAUGCUAAUAAAAAUAAUCUUAUCUUCGUUUGUCAACCAGGUAAAGAUGAAAUUGAUGAAAGUAUUCUUCGAGCAUUUCGUUCUGCAAUAAGAAUUAUUGAUAAUUCUCAUGUUCAUAUCAAGGAAUUAAAUUUUGCUAUACAAUUAAAUAAAAUUGAUUAUGCACAAAGGUAUAUACUCAAUCAUAAUACAAUUAUCGAUUGGACAAAUGACGAAUUAGAUGUAUGUCUGGAAACUGCAAUUCUUUCAAAUGCUGUAUCAUUCGUUGAAUUAUUAUUUAAAUAUGGUGCAUCAUUACAACGUUUAGCUCUUAUUGGUAAUGUUGAUCAUUUCCAAAUCAAACCUGACAAGAAAAACAGUCGUGAGGUUGAGUUUGCCGUUGAAACUCAUUCUCUAGUAACACAUCUUGAUUCGGAUAGACGAAUUAAAACAUAUCUUCGUCUUUUAUUUUGUUGGUCUGUUGAAAAUGAAUAUUUUGAACUUGUUGCAAGUAUUUGUACUCGAUUAGAAGAUUCAAUCAUUGCUAUGUUACUUGUUAGUCAAUGGUGUCAACUUAAAGAACAAAAUGAUUCUACAACAUCAAAUGAUUAUCGAAAAUAUCGCAAAUUAUUUCAAACCUAUGCUGCUGAUAUACUUGAUCGGUAUUAUGCAGAUAGUGAAGAAGAAACAAUUGAAUUUUUAUCUGAAAAAUCAAUUUUAUAUCAAGAUCAAGAAGCAUUAGUUCUAAUUGAUGAUCUUUGUUCAAAAACAUUAGUAUCAAAUAAAUGUAUACAAUCGUUUGCUAAUACACUAUGGUAUGGAAAGCAUUUUCAUCGAGAUAGAAACUUUCUAUGGGAAAUAUUGGUGUGGCUUGUAUGUAUUUUUCCAUUAUUAUUAUUUAUUCCAUUUAUACGUAAUCGAAUUCUUCAAUGGGAUAAAACAGAGAAGACUGAACAACGAAGAAAUAACUUUCGAAGUAGAAUAAGAAAUAUAUUUGAACCUUUUCAUCGAUUUUAUUUUGGAAAUGUAUUUAUUCCAUUUCAUUACAAUAUGGGUUCAUAUGCUGCUUUUCUGGUUUUAUUCAGUUAUACAAUAUUAUUUGAUUAUUUUCCAUUGAAUAUUUAUGAUGAACACCGUUCAAAUAUUUAUAGAUUACCAAUUCCAAUAACCGAAUUAAUUGUACAUAUAUUUCUUGCAUCACUUGGAUUAGAAGAAGUUCGACAAAUUAUUUUACAUGUUAAAUCAACUUUAGUUAGAUCUCCUUAUUGGACAAAAUUAGAAGGAAUAAAUCGUCAUCGUAAUACAAUAUGGUCAUUUUAUAGGCAUGAUUCAUGGAAUGUAUUAGAUUUUAUUGCUUUUACUUUUUGGAUUAUUGGUUUUAUUACACGUUUUAUUGUCAAAGAUUAUGUAUUUGCAAUAUCAAAAAUAUUUAUGAGUCUUGAUUUAUGUUUAUGGUAUAUGCGAUGUUUGCACAUAUUUCUUGCAUCAGAAACAUUAGGACCAAAAUUAAUAAUGAUAUUUCAUACGAUGAAAGAUUUAGUAUUAUUUCUUCUUUUUAUAUUUAUUUUUCAUUUAGCUUAUACAAUAACAACAUUUUCAUUAAUAUCAACAUCAUCAAUGGUUAUUUGGUCAAAUUCAACAUAUUUUGAAACAAUACAACAUGGAGGAAAUUUAACUAAUAUUGAAAUUUUACGAAAUAUUAUUGAAUGGGGUACAUGGAAAAUAUUUGGAAGUACUAGUUUAAUAACAAGUGAUGCAGUUACUACCAAAUAUUCGGCACAAAAUGAUGGAUAUGGUUUUGUUACAUUAUUUUUAACAAUAGUUUUUCUUAUUGUUGCAUAUGUUCUUUUAUUAAAUAAUCUUAUUGCUUUAUUUAAUUUUACAAUUCAACGUGUUCAUGGUCAAUCACGUCAAGCAUGGUGUUAUCAUUUUUAUGUUGUUUUAAGAGAAUAUGAAGAAAAAAAAAUGUUUGUUCCACCAUUUAAUUUAUUAUUAUGGCCAAUAAAAUGUUUAAUGCGUCAAAAAUCUGAUGAUAUUAAUAGGGAAAAAAAAAUUUUUGGUGAAAAAAAUCAUUAUGAUAAAGCACAUAUUCGAAGACAACAACAACAACGAAUAGCUGAAAAAUAUUGGAAAGACAAACAAGUUAGUGACAAUAGAUCUGUUAAUUCAGGACCACCAUAUAUAUCUUGUCAAUGUAGAUGCCGUGGCACUGAAAUUGGUGAUAAUGAAACGACAUUUUUAUAA